UAUUUAUAAUACUUCUGCUUUCAAUAAUACCAUGAUGGUUUGAGAAAAGAAACAAGGGUUUGCACAUUUUCAACUCUGCUGAUGUCUGCAAUCUACAGUGUGAAUUGCCUGACAAGUGGUUCUAAUUUGGCACACGAUUGUCAUGUUUCCACAUGUGUUAACUCUCAGGAGCCAAUUGUGUAAAUAUCCCACCAAACAAGGAAUACCAUUUAAUAAAAAAUUGAUACAUUGGACAAAACUCACCGAUGGCUUUUCUUCUCCGCUUUUCACAUCCAUUACUCUUUGCCAUCUUUCUCUUCCGAUUUUGCACCCCAAUCGACACCAUAACUCCAACUCACACCAUCAAUGAUGGUGAAACCCUAGUUUCGUCUGGCGAGAAGUUUGUAUUAGGGUUCUUCAGCCCCGGCAAUUCAAGGAACCGUUACGUUGGGAUAUGGCACAACAACGUCCCCGACCAAACAGUUGUUUGGGUCGCCAACAGAGAAAAUCCACUUACAAAUUCAUCCGGUGUACUUACAAUCAUCAACAGCAAUCUAGUACUCUUGGAUGCAAGGCGUCGCACUAUGUGGUCGGCAAUGAAUGGCUCAGAUGCCACAAAUUAUUCAAGUGCACGGCUACUGGAUUCAGGUAAUUUAGUGUUAAGUGAUAAUGAGGGGAGGGUAUUGUGGGAGAGCUUUGAUCAUCCAACGGACACAGUGUUACCAGGUAUGAAAAUCGGUGUGGAGCGGAGAACCGGCCUAGAUCGGUACCUAACAUCAUGGAAGUCCCCCAAUGAUCCAGCACGCGGGGAAUUCUCAUUUCGUCUUGAUUCCCGAGGCAUGCCCCAAUUCAUUCUAUGGAAUGGAUCGGAACGGGUUUGGCGAAGCGGGCCGUGGAAUGGUCAGCGGAUCAGCGGCGUGCCACAGAUGAAUCAACACUUCUUAUUCGAUUGCCGUUACGUUGCCAACGAAAACGAGACUUACAUCAUGUUCAAUCUCUACAAUGCGUCAAUCGUCUCAAGGAUGGUGUUGGGAUCAGGCAAACUCCAACGACUGACGUGGCUCGAUAGCAACCGUCGAUGGAAUCCGUUCUGGGGCGUCCCAGGUGAACGCUGUGAUGGAUACGGUCAAUGUGGCACGUAUGCUGGCUGCAACACGAAUCACGCACCGUCGUGUGAGUGUUUGCAUGGGUUCGAGCCCAGGUCACCUCAGGACUGGUAUUUGAGAGAUGGGUCGGAUGGUUGUGUGAGGAGAAGACCAUUGGAGUGUGAGAAGGGAGAUGGCUUCUUUAAGUUGGCACAUGCGAAGUUGCCUGAUACUCUGCAUGCUCGAGUUGACACACGUGCUAGCCUGAAGGAAUGUGAAGAUGAGUGUUUGAAGAACUGUUCUUGCACGGCGUAUUGUAGUGCCGAUAUUAAUGGAGGUGGGAGUGGGUGUGUGAUGUGGGGUGGAGAUUUAAUUGAUCUUCAGGUAUAUUCCGAUGGAGGGCAGGAUAUCUACGUACGUGUGGCUGCUUCUGAGCUAGAUUCCAAACGCUUACUUGACAAGAAGAAGCGGAUGAUACUGAUAAUAACAGUUAUUUUGGGGGCGAUUAUCUUUGCCUUUUGUGGUUGUUGCUUGUGGCAGAGGAAAAGAAAAAGAAAAGGUUGCAGGAGAAAUGAAAUAAACCAUGAAAUCCUUUACGGUGGAAUUGAGCUUGAAGAAAGUACAAAUGGAUCAGAAUUGCCAUUAUUUGAUCUACGUGUUAUAGUGGCAGCUACUAGUAACUUCUCUAGUGAAAAUAAGCUCGGUGCGGGUGGAUUUGGUCCUGUAUAUAAGGGUAAGCUGAUGAACGGUCAGGAAAUCGCAGUGAAAAGGCUUUCUAAGAAAUCUGGGCAAGGGAGUGAAGAAUUCAAAAAUGAGGUUUUGUUGAUUGCGAAACUUCAACAUAGGAAUCUAGUCAGGAUUAUGGGCUUCUGCACUCAAGGAGAUGAAAAGAUGCUGAUUUACGAGUACAUGAGAAACAAAAGCUUGGACUGGUUUAUUUUUGAUGAAAUGAGGAGAGUGUUAUUGGAUUGGACACAGCGGUUUAAGAUUAUCAUGGGGAUCGCUCGUGGGGUUCUCUAUCUUCAUCAAGAUUCUAGACUUCGAAUUAUUCAUAGGGAUCUGAAGGCCAGCAAUGUUCUUCUAGAUGAUGAGAUGAACCCUAGAAUCUCAGAUUUUGGUAUGGCAAGGAUAUUUGGUGGAAAUCAGACUCAAGCUAACACUAAUAGAGUUGUUGGGACUUUUGGUUAUAUGUCUCCAGAGUAUGCUAUGGAUGGGCUUUUCUCAGUGAAAUCAGAUGUCUUUAGCUUUGGGGUCUUACUUCUAGAGAUCAUUAAUGGCAAGAGGAACAACAGCUGUUUCAGCGAUGAUCCUUCGCAGAAUCUGAUAAGAUAUGCAUGGGGGCUGUGGAAUGAAGGCAGAGGUUUGGAGCUGGUUGAUUCGUCAAUGGUCAGUUCUUGUCCCACCAAUGAAGUUCGAAGAUGCAUUCAAGUGGGGCUGUUGUGUGUGCAAGAAAAUGCAAAGGAUAGACCAACAAUGGCAUCUGUUGUUUUCAUGCUCGGCAUCGAUACAGCCAUGCCUACCCCUAAGCAACCUGCAUUCUGUGUGCGGAGAAGAUUAAAUAACGAGGGCUCACCUACCAGCGGAACUGGCUCAUAUUCCAUUAAUGAAGUGAGCAUUACAGAUUUACAAGCUCGGUAGGGGUUAGAAAUAUCCUUUUUUGUACUGAUCAAUUGAAUAGAACUGUUCUCUAGGUUUUGGUUAGGAAUGAGAUGUUCGAGAGCUGCAAUUUUUGAGUGACUGAGAUUAAUAAGAGGCCCACAUCGUGGACAAGCAACUCUACAACAUGAUAUAUACAUUGCUCCCUUUUGAUUGCAGUCGAAGGUCUCAUGUUGAAAACUGUCCCUUGAUCUCUUCCAGAUUACAUUUUCGAGAACAUUGAGUCUCCUCUACUUAGGUGAUAUCUCACCAAAGAAU